AUGAAGCUCCUUUACCCAACCUCCCUCAAGCUCGACGUCCAGAGCCUCGAGGGCUUCGGCGUCGCCCUCCAGCCCUACGAUGUCAAUACCCCCAUCCCGGAGGAGCACAUUGACGCCGAUGUGCUGGUGACUUGGACCAACACCGCCGACAACCUCAAGGACGCCGCUGGGCGCCUGAAGAACCUGAAGUGGAUUCAGUCGCUGGCCGCUGGCCCCAAUGACGUCCUCAACGCCGGCUUCGACCCGACCAAGAUCAAGAUCACCACCGGCUCUGGCUGCCACGACCACACCGUCGCCGAGCAUGCCCUCGGUCUGCUGCUCAACGCCGCGCGCCGCUUCUACGAGAUGCGCGACUACCAACUGCAGCGCAAGUGGCCCGCCCACCUGGGCGGCGCCCAGCCUGACCGUCCCGCCGACAAGUUCACGUCCCUCCGCGGCGCCAACGUCCUCGUCUGGGGCUUCGGCAACAUCGCCAAGACUCUGACGCCUGUGCUGGUCGCGCUCGGGGCCAAUGUCAAGGGUGUAGCGAGGACCGCCGGCGUGCGCAACGGCGUCGAGGUGUUUGGCGAGGACAAGCUGGAUGAGCUGCUGCCAAAGACAGACGCGCUGGUCAUGAUCCUGCCCGGGUCUGACUCGACGAGGAACGUGUUCAACGCCCAGAGGAUCAAGCAGCUGCCCAAGCACGCGUGGCUUGUCAACGUCGGCAGGGGAACGUCGGUGGAUGAGAAGGCCCUGGACGCCGCGCUCCGGAACGGAGAGCUUGGAGGCGCCGCGCUUGAUGUGUUCGAGACGGAGCCGCUGCCCGAGUCAUCGCCGCUCUGGGACGCGCCCAACGUCAUCGUCAGCCCCCAUGCCGCCGGUGGCAGGCCGCAGGGUGCCGAGGAGUUGAUCGCCUACAACCUGAGGAGGUUCAGGGCCGGUCAGGAUCUGAGGAAUAUCCUAUGA